UUGGGUCGGUUUUUUUCCCCCCCCUUAAAUAAAAUAUGAUGUAGAAUUCGCAAAGAUUCAAUGGACAUUCUCAAGCAAAUUUGGAAAUAUUCUUGCUAAUGGAUUUCCUUCUUAUCGGUCUCUGUUUAAACUGGCUGCUGAGGAAGCCCCCGGGGUUGAUUUUGUGUACGCUGGGUAUCUUUGCUAAAAUGCUUCCAGCCGUGCAUAGUGGGUGUCCACAGCUCUGCCGGUGUGAGGGCAGGCUUUUGUACUGUGAAUCACUGAAUCUCACAGAGAUGCCUCGCAACCUGUCGGGCAUGAUGGGCUUGUCUCUGCGGUACAACAGCCUUUCAGAGCUGCAUGAUGGACAGUUCACAGGGUUAAUGCAGCUCACGUGGCUCUAUCUGGAUCACAAUCACAUUUGCUCAGUGGAGGGGAAUGCCUUUCAAAAAUUGCGGCGAGUUAAAGAGCUCACCCUGAGUUCCAACAAAAUCACCCAACUGCCCAACACCACUUUCCGCCCCAUGCCCAACUUGCGCAGUGUGGAUUUAUCGUACAACAACCUGCAGUCUCUGGAGCCCGACCUGUUCCACGGGCUGAGGAAACUGACAACUUUGCACAUGCGGUCGAACGCCAUCAAGUUCGUGCCCGUGAGAAUUUUUCAGGACUGUCGCAGCCUGAAGUUUCUAGACAUAGGAUACAAUCAGUUAAAGAGCCUGGCUCGGAACUCUUUUGCGGGCUUGUUCAAACUCACUGAGCUGCACCUCGAGCACAAUGACUUGGUGAAGGUGAAUUUAGCCCAUUUUCCCAGGCUCAUCUCCCUGCACUCCCUCUGCUUGCGAAGGAAUAAAGUUACCAUCGUGGUAAACACUUUGGACUGGAUAUGGCAACUGGAAAAAAUGGAUCUCUCCGGCAACGAAAUCGAGUACAUCGAACCUCACGUCUUCGAAAGCGUACCUCACCUCAAGUCCCUGCAGCUGGACUCCAACCGCCUGACCUACAUCGACUCCCGAGUGCUGGACUCCUGGAAGUCCCUGACGAGCAUCAGCCUUUCUGCCAAUGCCUGGGACUGCAGCCGCAAUGUCUGUGCCCUGGCCUCCUGGCUGAGCAACUUCAAGGGUCGCUACGACAGCAACCUGCUCUGUGCCACCCCCGAGUACGCGCAGGGCGAGGAUGUUUUGGACGCGGUGUACGCCUUCCACUUGUGCGAAGACGCCGUGGACCCUACCAGCACCAACACCUUCUCCCCAGUAACCAACAACAGCGACCAGACCUUCAGCUACGGCUCUGCCACCGCCACCUACGACGUGCAGGACGGUGACGGGGACCCCACCACCUACGCCAUAACCGUGACCAUGCCGGGCGAGAACUCGGAGAACGCCGUUCAGAUUCACAAGGUGGUGACGGGGACCAUGGCACUGAUUUUUUCCUUCCUCAUCGUGGUUUUAGUGUUGUAUGUCUCCUGGAAGUGCUUUCCAGCCAGCUUGAGGCAUCUAAGACAGUGCUUUGUAACACAGCGCCGAAAGCAGAAGCAGAAACAGACCAUGCAUCAAAUGGCUGCCAUGUCAGCCCAGGAGUAUUAUGUUGAUUACAAACCCAACCACAUUGAGGGAGCCCUGGUGAUCAUUAAUGAGUAUGGAUCUUGUUCCUGUCACCAGCAGCCAGCGAGGGAAUGCGAGGUGUGAUUUUCCUUGGGGAUUUAAGCAGUGUGCAACCAAAUAUCAGCGUGCAGGCAGACAGUGGCACGGG